CAGCGCUAGACUGAAUUUAAUGGGUGCUGAGGUACGUGCUAGCUUGAGUAACACGCCCAGAGUUGAUAAGAAGUGUGGUUCUAACGUGACUCAGUAUCAAGCCUUGAUCAAUGAUUGGAUUGAAUUCACCUGCGAUCCGCCCAGACUCGCACAGUAUGUGAGAAUUGAAAUUCCAAGACAGACAGCUCUUAUACUCUGUGAAGUCAGAAUAUGGCCUUGUGAUCUCCAUCCAGCAGCCCUUAAUUUGACUGAAAAGCGAAGUUACCAAAGCUCAACAUCAGGAAAUUCCAUUGCUAGCCUAGCCUUGGACAAUCUUCCUUCUGAGCCGUAUUGCAGCGAGACGGUUAAUGAAAUGAACCCAUGGUGGAAGUUGGAUUUCGAAACAAGUCAAUGCGUCGAGGCAAUCCGAGUUUGGCCUACUGUACAUGGGGCUGCUUUGCAGCGUGCAUCUCUACGUGCAGGUCUGAGUGAUAAUCACACGAGUAAUGUGGAGUGUAAAACCAGUCAACCCCAACCCUCACCCAAUGACUUUACGGAGUUUACCUGUCAUCCGCCUGUACUUGCCCGCUAUGUCAGCGUUGAUAUACCCGGAAUGGCAAGCCUUGGACUGUGCGAGGUGACAGUAGCUGCGUGUGAUUUCAACCAAAAAGUUAACUCUGUGGAUUUCACUGUGGUUGUCAACCCUGCUCUCAUUGGUCCAACUGGAGAUAACGAUUCAGUCAUCGCAGUGUACAGGGAACCAGACGAUUUUGCGUCCAAUGUUUCAUUUGGUCGCCAAGUCACAACUGGACUUCCAUCAGGUUCAGGCGAGAUAGUGGAUUCAUCGUUGGGAUGUACAGUGAGAUUGCUUCGAUUGCCAGAGGAAGGAGGUCUGGACAGGACGGGUGUGUUCUACGCAGAGGCGACCAAGAAUGACGUAAUCACCAGGAUACAGAGCGUUGUUCUACCAAAAGAUGGUAAUACUCAGACAACGUAA